CGGGCAAGAAGCAAUCCUCUGCUGUGAAACUGCCGCAAGAAGUGUGGGUAAAUUCUAGGCCUUGACGAAGAAGAAGAAGAAUUCUGGAAGAAGAUAAGGACUGAGCUUGGCCUGAUUCGAGGUGAGAACCAGUUUGAAGUCUUCGACUUUCACUUCCCCAGACCUCGACUUCAUUGUACUUCAGAGAUCAUCUCCCCUUCAUAUGAGCUUAAUUAGUUUAACCGCCUCUACUUUUUUUGGAAGAUACAGCUGGCCAAAUAAUACAAAUAAAAUUGGAAAGAGAUAUAUGUCAUCGAAGAGUAUAUAAAAGACCGCCCCAAGAAGCCAAAUAAUUUGGAGCUUGGAGUUUAUUAGCAUGGGAAUGUCAGCUGUUAGUACUGCUAGUGUAGGGAUGAAGUUAUGCAUGUUUGAUUUGAGAAGGGGACAGCAUGAAGGGCAGGAGCUGGACAAAAUCUUGUUCUUCUAUCCUGCUGAUUGUCCCUUUUCCUACCAGCUCUCUGUUAUUGGCUUAAGUGAAGGCCUCAUAACGUUUACAAGAAUUUUCUCCCCAGAGAAACCAUGCGAGACUAUAGAAGCAGAGAUGCACUCUCAUGUAUUUUAUGAGGCAGAGCCAGAUAUCUGGAUGGUUAUGGUGGUCGAGAAAAGCAGGGAGUUAGAAAGCAUUCGGCGCAUUGAUGGAAUACAAAGAGUUCUUAUGGAACUUCACACCCUUUUUGUGAUGUUUCAUGGAUCUGUAAGAGCAUUGCUAGACAAAGAACCAAGCGGAGAACUAGUCAGGACCCACUUGUAUUACUUCCUCAUAGAUUAUUUAAAUGAUUUUCUUGUUGGCAAGAGGCUUCAGUUGCCAAAUUUUCGUGAUUCCCUGAAGGAACGAGGUACUGUACAUAUGUUGACUAUUGGGAGGGAGGCCGCUCUUGAAGUUCAGUCACUGGUCAGGGUGUUGGAAUCUUGUGCUGAGAACACGAAUUGCUAUUCGCUGAUCAUGUACCAGGACCUGCUGGUGUCAACAACACUUUCUAAGGAUGACUUAGUAAAUAUAUUUACCUAUGCUGUCUUGAGGCUGACUCCAAAUGCUUUGUCUUCUGGACUGCGCUCCUGGUCUUAUUUACGAAACGGAAAUGCUUCAUCUAAUAACUCUGGAGGUUCUUUGUUGGGAAGCUCUAGUUUUAUACCUGAUCAGCAUAAUGCCUCCUCACACAAUAGUUCUCCACACAGUUAUCAUGUUGUGAGGCCCUUACAGCCUGACAAGUGGUCGAAGGGGAAAGAUGGGUUUCUUGUAACUGACCUUUGGGGAGCUGAAGUUGCUCGCACAUCAGAUUUUGCUACCCCAACUGUUUGGAUUAAGCAGACAGGUGAAAGAGCAUAUCUUUGUGCUUAUCAGCAUAAGAGCCUAACUAUCGUGCUUCUCAUUCCUUUUGCAUCUGUGCUCAAUGGGGAGCGGGGGGUUUCCGAGGUGAAGCAGAACAUUUUAGAACAAGCAUCAGCUAAGGCAAUCAAAGUUGAAGAAAAACUAUCAAGAGGUUGGGGUGGGGAGAAUGCAUACCACGUGAGUGGGUACCGCUAUUUGCUGGUGGACAGCGAUCGAUGUAUCUCAAGAGCUUCACCUCCGGAAAAAGUAUCAACUCUGACUAAGGACUCUUUAAUUGCAAUGACCAAGCUCCGGGAAGAGGUUGAUCUGGAAAGAAACAGAUCAAAGUGUGAGGGUCCAAGCAAUGAAAAGGACGAGGAAAUAUGUAUCAGAGCCAAAAACACGGCAUGGGUAAUUGCUAGGUUAACACGAGGGAUGGAACUUUACAUGGUCCUUGAAAAGGCCAAUGAGACUCUUCUCUAUGCCAACGAUGCUGUUGAGAAAUUCAGUGACAGGUAUUGCAAUGGAGCUUUUUCCUUGGACUGAGUGUGUGAGUGUACACGCACUAGCCUUCCCAAGCGUGUUGCCUGAAGUUUGGUGCCCAAUAGUAUUGCUUGAGAACAGAAUAUGCACUUAUUCAUAGAAAGCGUUUUAGUCAUAGAUGUUGAAGUGGUAGUAGAGGUAAUGGUGUUUCCAAGGAAGCAACGGUUGUUGAGAAAUCAAAUAAGCACUGUCGAAAAUGCCACCAUGAAAGUAUUACAUCUUUUUUACCCAUACAUUAAUUGCGCAAAGUUAUUCAUCCAUUAGUCAUAGGAUAUUUAUGAAGAGUCUGGUGGUUUUUGUUCGACAUUGGAGUCAUCAAGCUGUAACAUUAGCACUUGGUCACUAGGUUGGCUGCCAACCUAAUUAUAUCAUGUUCUGAAGUUUUAUAAACUUACGCUAAUUAAGAGAUAAUAAUUGUUGAAUCAUUAUGAAACACGAAUUAAUGUCUA